AUGGACAUGUAUACUCCAAGGUUGAGGGAAGCAGCCGAAGCAGGAAACACUGAUGCCUUGCACGCUCUAAUAAAAGAGGAUCCAUACAUCUUGGAAAACAUCGACAAGAUUCCUUUCGUCCACACUCCACUUCAUAUAGCAGCAGACAAAGGGGACAUUCGUUUUGCGAUGGAGAUGAUGAUCUUGAAGCCUUCGUUUGCCAGGAAGCUGAACGGAGACGGGCUUAGUCCCAUGCACCUGGCGCUGAGAAGUGCGCAGUCUAUGCUAGUGCUUCGACUGUUGAAGAUCGAUAAAGAUCUGGUUCGCGUCAAAGGAUGGGAAGGGAUGACUCCUUUCCAUGAUGUAGUUACAUCGGGGAACCGCCGUAACUCUGGGCUUUUGGUCAACUUUCUUGAAGCGUGCCCCGAAUGCAUCCAAGAUGUGACGGUUCGAGACGAGACCGCGUUUCAUCUUGCUUUGAAAGAAGACCGGUUCGAAGCUUUUAGCAUCCUAAUUGGAUGGCUUCAAAGGACCCGUCGUACUCAAGGUAGUGUCUUGUCCUUUGAGAAAAAGUUGGUGAAUUGGAAAGACGACGAAGGCAACACUCUGCUGCACAUUGCGGCUAAGAACAAACAAAAAUGUGUAUGUACAAUUCUAUUCGUUCAUUUACGUUGCGUUCCGAAAAUCCCUUUUGAUAAACGAUUAAUGGCUCUUCUGUUUUCCAUUAAUGAUGCAUUGCAGGCACUAGAACUGUUGUUGGAUUCCCAACUUUGGUUGAACGUAAAGGCUAAGGAUUCGGAUGGUUUGACGGCUCUUGAAAUCCUACAUGGUACUGGCAAACCAGACCAUAACGAGCAAAGCAACAACACGAGUGAUGAAGCCGACAAGAUUAAGCAGUUGAAAAGUAAAGUUACUUUGGAAAGAAUAAGAGUGUUGGCAGAUCGUACUAGGCACAGCAUGUCGGUGGACAUGAUCAACACGAUGCUGGUGAUUAUGGCUCUGGUUAUAACUGCAAUCUACCAAUCAUCGUUGAGUCCGCCGGGUAGUAUUUGGCAAGACAAUGGUGAUGACAACAAAACCGCCCCUGCCCCGGCUCCAGCCCCCUCGAACAUCCCAAGCACUCAUCACUUGUCCAAUAAAAACUUUGUUAAUACAUCAAUGUGGAUCUUUGGUAAUAAAACGGAAAAGGCCGGUACAACAAUCAUGAAUUCGCAGAUGUAUGGGUUGUUUUGGUUCUUGAACCUCGCAACUUUCGGGUUCACGGAUCUUGUAACCGUGUUCCUGCUCUCGAGUUUUCAUAUUUUCCUGCUCCUAGCCAUCCCGCUUUACAUGAUGGUCAUCUGCUACUUCUGCUCCAUGAUAAUCUUAGCACCAACCUAUACUUGGGCAUACGUCAGCCUUUCCUUCUUCGUUCUUUUCGGAUUAUUCCCCUUCUUGCUGUUCUUCGGGUUGCUUAUCUUCAGCAAAUCGAUUCGGCAAAUCAUAGCCGAGAUCAAGGAGCGAACACGGAUGAGGAAAGCUCUUCAGAUGAGCUCUCUAGGACCAUGGACGUUGAUGUUUUAUUCGCAAUACGUACUUGAUGGCAUUUUUGGUAUCUGGUUGCCUUCAGCUUAG